AUGGACAAACCACGCCCCAACUUCAUUGAGUUGCCCAAACAUGACUUCCGCGCCACCUCGUCCGCCAGUCACCGCUCUGGUUGGACCUCACCACGAAUACAGCACUUCGAUGGCGACAUCCCGCCGGCGCUAUCUCCGCUCGAUGCCUUCGCUGCGCAGAGCCGACGACUGGCGCGCGAAUUGGAGGAGACGAGGAAGCAAGGGCAACGGCGCAUGAGCAGACUUCCUCCGCAGAUCGUCAGCCAGUCUCUAGAUGAGCAUGAGAAGAACAAGCCGCAGAUCUUCAGGCAACUGUCGGCGGAGGAUGCGGUCCCUCAGAUUCCACAGGCUUUCAGACAAGACUCUGGCACCAACCCACAGAUCUUAGAACCGAAAGAGCGCCCGCAGUCCUCAUAUCCGAUGCACAGCGGUGUGCCCUCUCGCGCCGGCAGUCAUGACAGCCAGCCCUUCAUGACUCCUCUCGAGGAAGCGCCUGAUGGUAACAGCAGUUUCUUCGACGGACCACGGGCCGAGUCGCCAGCAUCAAUGCACCGUCAGGGCAGUGAUCUGAGCCCUGUGAAACAUAAGCACUACGACCACCUACGCUCCGGCAUGUACCGCCAGUCUUCGUCUGCUUCAAAUCCAGACCUAAGCUUGGCACCACCAAGUGCCGCCUUCGCUCGACGACCUCAUCAUGAAAGUUCCGAUGACGAAUACACCAGUUCGAACGCCGGCUCAACCUUCUCUCAGAUGCCACGUAAAUUGUCUUCCAGCAGUGGCGUAUCAUUACCUCGCUCGUCCGCAUCGAUAUACAACCCGUCCCACGAUCGCUCACCCUCCUUGAAUUCAAACAAAUCAACACAGUCGAAAGCUCGAUCCGCCAUGAAUUUCUCCCGGCCCAUGAGCUCUGCUAGUUCUAGCAAUCUACGGGUCGGUUCACCCAUUUCCCAGGACGGCAACAGACGGAUAUCAGCCGCAUUCGACGACUUGCCCACGCCCUCGCAGUCCUUCGAUGACUCCCGAUCGGCCGUAUCGGAAGGCUUCAUUGUGGACUCUUCGUCGUAUACACACAGCAAGUGGACACUUCCGAGAGGUCGCAAGUCUGAUCGCACCUCUGCGCUCUUCCAGGGACUCUCAGGGCCCGACUUCCAAUGGCAGGAACCGAACGUGCCGGGCACACCGCCAUCAGAAGCUCGGCCGAGUUAUGAGCUCCCCAUGCCUUCGCCUGGCAUACUCAAGACUUCGACAGAAGAAUCUCGCACAGAAUUCGCCUUCAAUUUUGAGCCCGCGAGGAGACCGAGCUCAUCAUCUGGUCCAUCUGGUCUCGCCAUUUCAAGCGAUGCUUCCGUCUCCACCGUCCGGCCGAACACUUCUCACGCAACGAGAACCAAUUUUCAGCCACCACCAAUUCCCACAGAUGAGAUCUCUCAGUCUUCCCGAUCGAAUAGCACCGUCCGGCCAGGCACAUCACGGUCUGCUAGCAACUACCAGUCAAUGUCAUCGGAUGACCACCUCACGAAAGCCAUCGAUCUGCAUCAGGCGGGAAGUCUCAAAGAGUCAACCUAUCACCUGCGGAUCGCCGCCAAGCAGGAGCAUCCCACUGCCAUGCUUCUGUACGCACUAGCUUGCCGCCACGGCUGGGGCAUGCGCCCAAACCAAACAGAAGGCGCCACCUGGUUACGGAAAGCAGUCGACCAUGCCAUGUUGGAGGUUGCCGACGACGAAGAUCCCAAGUCGAAGGCCGACCUAGCCGAGUCAAAGGCGCAUAAAGCCCAAUUCGGCCUUGCGAUCUACGAGAUGGGCCAAUGUCAUCUCAAUGGUUGGGGAAUGGAGCAGGACAAAGCUUUGGCAUUGAGAUGCUUUGAAAUUGCUGGGAACUGGGGUGAUGCCGACGCAUUAUCAGAAGCUGGCUUCUGUUAUGCGCAGGGUAUCGGAUGCAAGAAGAAUAUGAAGCGUGCGGCCAAGUUCUACCGCAUGGCGGAGGCUAAGGGCGUGAGUAUGGUUGGAAAUAGCUGGAUUCACAAGGAUAAAUACAAUGACGACGACGAUGAUGACAGAAGUGCUCGAAAGGGCCGCGCUAGCAAGGAGAGCGAGCGAGAAGAGAAGAAGAUCAGAGCAAGGAGCAAAAGCCGCACGAGGUCCAUUUUCCAGCGAAAGAGGACGGUGACAUAG